AACCACUCUUUCUUCGACAGAGUGAACCGUCAGCCAGAAAGGCGUGGCCGCUACUGUGUGCGGGCGUCGACCAUGAGGUCAGACUACCCAUGGAGAUGGCUGUACAUAACGUUGCACCCUUAGCAUGUGAGGAUCCAAGAGACACAAUUUACGGGGUCUUGGCCAUGAUUGAUUGGCGUGGGGAGCAGCCGCUACAGCCGGACUACACCAAAGACAGAUUCGAUCUCGCUCUGGAAGUAUUGCAAAGGCUGCGGAGCGACUCUAGCAUCAGCGACGGCUGGCAUCCCCUCGAUACGGCGUUGACCGUUGUUAGAAAUCUUAAACUCACCAUCGACCCGCCCGAUGAAUUGGUGCAGGCAGCCCGGAUCAGGCACAAGCUUGAAGAUGACCCCGCUGACAGCGACCGAGAGAGCUCGAGUGCAUGGCUCUCCAAGUUCUUGGGGUGUCGCCUCGAGCAUGACGGCUUACAAUGGCGUCCUUGGACGUCCUUGCGCGCAUUUCGCGCAUUCCAAGGGCCUCAGCUCAUCAUACAGCAAUGGCCAGUCUACAGCCCGGCGCUU